CUGAGUCGGCGGACUAUUUACAAUUUACAAGCGCUUUUCUCACGGGAUAUCUUCGCAGUGGAACUUUUUUGAUACGAAAUGAUUAAUUUCAAGGACGAGUUCAUGCGUUUAUGUUCGUAUCCGCGCUACUGGAGCGCCGAAAAGAGUUUGCUUGCAUUACAAGGCUUCUAUUACUCUGGCACCGAUUUGACAAUCGUGUGUGCUUUUUGCCAGGCAAUUUUGAAUAUGCAUCAGACUGACAUUGAAGAAGUAAGAGGCAAACACGAAGACGAAAAAUGUCGGCAAGGAAAAUUGGAAGGAAAUGAAGUGCUGGGUUCAGUCAACAAUUUCAAGUGUGAAAAGAGCCGCCUUUGCUCAUUCUUGAUGAAUAAGUGGAACUACCCUGUGGACCCGAAUGGGCUCGCCUCUUCUGGUUUCUAUUGGACGGGCUAUUACGAUCAAGUGAGGUGCGAAUUCUGCGGCCUCGAAGUCAUGGACUGGGAAAUAGGCGAUACAGGAGAAGAUGCGCAUUUGACUUUCAACCCAGAAUGUUCAUUCAUGAAAGGACUGCAAGUUGGAAACGUACCGUUUGAAAUGAGAAAUCCUGACGAAAAGAUUGCGAGGCACUUCUUUCGACAGAGGACGGAAGCUGAGUCAGUGAAAUUAUCGCCGUUGGAACACAAUGAUGAACUGAACGAGGCGAUAACACCUUCGCAAAAGGCCAUGUUUCCAGGGUUUGCGGCACCUGUGAUUCGCUUGAAAUCGUUCUCAAUGUGGCCAAAGGGACUCCGCCCUCAACCAAACCAAUUAGCAGACGCUGGAUUUUUUUACACAGGUAAGGGCGAUCGAGUGAUGUGCUUCCAGUGCGGGGGCGGCCUUACGAACUGGGACGAGCACUUGUCCCCGUGGACAGAACAUGCACUUUGGUUCCCCUCUUGCACAUUUGUUGGCAUCAUGAAAGGCAUGCAGUUUGUCGAGCAAGUGCACCAAAUGGCUUUGGAGGGAGAUAUUAUGGAGGACACAGAGGACAGUCAAGAUCUCAAGAAUGGGGAAAAGCCGGCGCUAAAGAAAGAAGACGAGGAUAAAAAUUGCAGAGCAAAAAAUGCUGGUGAAAAUGCAAUGAUGUGCAAAUUAUGCGAUGAAAAUGAGAUUCAGACAGUGUCUCUGCCAUGUGGACACAUGACUUGCUGCCCAAAAUGCGCACCAAAACUGGAAAAUUGCCUUUUGUGUGGAAAAAACGUUGCUACAUCGUUGACAAUCUAUUUAUAAAUCCCAUAAGCUAAAAAUUAAAGCUUAAAAUGAAUUUAAAAACGAAUUUUUUUCAGAUCAACAUAAAAAUUUGGGCUAAAACGAAAAUUCCUAAAGUCAUGUAACAAAACGAACACAAACAAAUGUCAAACGAAGCAUCCAAAAAUUUGCAAAUAAGCCUUGAUUAAUUCUAACUGUUUGAACAUUAUAAAUAGGAUGAGAAUUACACACUUUCACACAAAUUUAAUUAUACACAAAAAGUCGUUUCUCAACUCACCAUAUGAUUGACCAAGUGCUGGCUCCUUCUGUCCUUUUCAUUCAUUAGAACAAAUUGAUGUGUGUCAAAGGCAAACUUCUAUGUUGUAUUGUUUAUCACAUAAUCGCUUCUUACUUCACAGCAACAAAAUUCGCAAACUUAAAACUUAAGCGUCUGUACGAAUGUUAUGUUUGUGUAUAAAUGCAGUAAGCAGAGAAUGGCCAGUACAUAGUGAAUGUGAUGUGACAUCUCUGCACAUAACUGAAACUGACGUAAGACGUAACACGAAAAACGCUUUGAAAGCUAAGAAAGUUUUCUAUUUUUAAAUUCCUAUUUCCGCACACAAUCACUAAAGCGAUGCGAUUACAAUGCGUGUAAAUCGUAAAUC